AUGACCAAUAGCAAUAUUAUUGAAAAUCAAAUUUUAAUAGAUGGAGCAAAUUCAAUAUCAAAAAAGAAAGUUUAUUUUAUUAGACACGGUCAAUCUACAUUCAAUAUUGCAUAUUUAGCAAAUAAUAAAGUUGAUCCAUACUUAUUUGAUGCAAGAUUAACAGAAGAAGGUGAAAAACAAGCCAAUGAAUUAUCAGAGAAUGUUGAAAAAUAUUUGCAAGAUGUUGAAUUAAUUAUCAGUUCACCAUUAACAAGAGCAUUAUGUACAACCAGAAGAGGAUUUGGUAAAUUUUUAAAAGAAAAUUCAAAUAUUAAAUGUUUAGUUUCACCAUUACAUAGCGAAACCGUAAUUACAAGUGAUGAUAAUGGUAGACCACGUUCAAUCAUUGAAAAGGAAAAUCCAGAUUUUAAUUUUGGUGAUUUACAAGAAAGAUGGUGGUAUUUACCAUCAUCAAUUAAAGAUGACCUUUCAAUUGACACUGAAUUAUACUUUAAAACUAAUGGAUAUAAAGAACCAAUAGAAUCAAUUUUACAUCGUAUUGAAGAAUUUAAGAAAUUCCUAUUAUCAAGAAACGAGUCCACUAUUGCUGUCGUUGGUCAUUCAGAUUUCUUUUAUCACUUUUUCGAUCGUUCCAUUCCUCAUAUGAAAAAUUGUCAAAUUGUAUCCUGGUGUAGUGAAACAAAUGAAAAAGUUUAUAUUACAAAAUAA